AACGCCCUAGGUCUUGUUUAGCAGCCGAGGGAGCAAGUUCAUUGCUGGUGAGUGGAGGUCGUCGUCGUCGUCGUCUGGUUUGGAGAUCGCAGAGCUUCAACAAUGGCGGAGAAGGGCGGAAAAGGAAGGAAGGAGGAGGUCGUUACCAGAGAGUACACCAUCAACCUCCACAAACGCUUGCAUGGAUGCACAUUUAAAAAGAAGGCUCCAAAUGCGAUAAAGGAAAUCAGGAAGUUUGCUGAAAAGGCUAUGGGUACUACAGAUGUUAGAGUGGAUGUUAAGCUCAACAAGCACAUUUGGAGCCGUGGGAUUCGAAGUGUCCCGAGAAGGAUACGCGUCCGCAUUGCCCGGAAGAGAAAUGAUGAAGAAGAUGCCAAGGAGGAGUUAUACUCACUAGUCACUGUUACAGAGGUCCCUGCAGAGGGAUUUACUGGUUUGGGCACCAAGGUGAUCGACGAAGAGGACUGAACUAGUUUAAAUCCCUUGGUUUUUUUUCCUUCUAGCUAGGUAAUUCCAAUUUUGGCUGUACUUUUAUUUACUUGAGGAUGUGUGGUCUGGUUUUGUCCGUCUUGGAAAUUUCUUCAGCAGAGCAUUGCAAAAUUCUUAUGUGGUUCAUGAUUUCGGUCUCGUCAGAUUUUUCGGAAUUCUUCUUUUCUGUGUAGUCUGGCUUUGAUUGAUUGUCUUGGCUAGUUUUCAUGAAUUCCGAACUUUAAUUGUCUUUUGAAAAGUACAAAUCAAAACCAAGAACUAUCUUUUCUUUUCA